AUGGUGGCGAAGAUUCGGACGAGCGAGCACUCGAUGAAGUUCUUUAAUCUUGUUUGCGAGCAACUGGCAGACACUGAAGUCUCCCAGUUUGUGGACUCGUUUCUUGGAUGUUAUCGUGAUGAAUUUUGCGAUGAGGAAGGUAAUGAUACUAUACCAAGCAUUGUGCUGGUUGUCCGCAAAUCCUCCUGGUCCGAAUUUGACGAUGCUGUUUUGAAGUUGCUAGACUUUGGCGAUUAA